GUGGCCGCGCUGCGUCAGCGCAAGAUGGCGGCCUCGGCGGCGCUGUUCUCGCGCCUGUGGAGCGGUGUGCGGCUCGGCGCGCGGGGUCUGUGCGCGAGGCUGGCGCCGCCGCCUCCCCGGACCCCGGAGCAGGCUCCACCUCGGGUUGCAGAGAUCGGCGGCCGAGUGGGCCCCAAGACUCAGGGGCCGCAGCAGCAGCAAGGCUCAGAGGGACCCAGCUAUGCCAAAAAAGUUGCACUCUGGCUUGCUGGCUUGCUUGGGGCUGGUGGAACCGUCUGUGUCGUCUAUAUUUUCGGAAACAAUCCUGUGGAUGAAACUGGUGCCAAGAUUCCUGAUGAGUUUGACAAUGAUCCAAUUCUGGUACAACAGUUGAAGCGGACAUACAAAUAUUUCAAAGAUUAUAGACAGAUGAUCAUCGAGCCCACCAGCCCCUGCCUUCUCCCAGACCCUCUGCGAGAGCCGUACUACCAACCACCCUACACACUCGUCCUGGAGCUCACGGGAGUCCUCCUACACCCCGAGUGGUCGCUGGCCACUGGCUGGAGGUUUAAGAAGCGCCCGGGUAUCGAGACCCUGUUCCAGCAGCUUGCCCCGCUGUAUGAAAUUGUCAUCUUCACAUCGGAGACUGGCAUGACUGCCUUCCCACUCAUCGAUAGCGUGGAUCCCCAUGGCUUCAUCUCCUACCGCCUCUUCCGGGACGCCACGCGCUACAUGGAUGGACACCAUGUCAAGGACAUUUCAUGUCUGAAUCGGGACCCGGCCCGGGUGGUGGUCGUGGACUGCAAGAAAGAGGCCUUCCGCCUCCAGCCCUUCAACGGGGUCGCCUUGCGGCCCUGGGAUGGCAACUCGGACGACCGUGUCCUGCUGGACCUGUCGGCCUUCCUCAAGACAAUUGCCCUGAACCAGGUGGAGGACGUGCGGACUGUGCUGGAGCACUAUGCCCUGGAAGACGACCCCCUGGAGGCCUUCAAGCAGCGGCAGAGCCGCCUCGAGCAGGAGGAACAGCAGCGACUGGCUGAGCUCUCCAAGUCCACCAAGCAGAACCUCUUCUUUGGCUCGCUCACCAGCCGCUUGUGGCCUCGCUCCAAGCAGCCCUGAUUUCUGGACCUCCUCAGACUCACAGCCUGGUCCCCAGGCCCCAGUGUGCCCAGACCAGCCACAUGUCCAAUAAAGUGCAUCCCAGGUGCCACA